CUCAGCCAUGGCGUCUUCUACUCUCUUCAAACUCAAUUCACAGACCUUCAAAGCUCUCAAUCCAUCUUCCUCUUCGCCAUAUCAUCCUCAAUCCAUAAUUUCAGAUCUUCAUUUCCCUAAAUCACUCUCACGACAUUCACGGCUCAGUCACAAAUCCACCACCACUACUCGUUUCCUCGUUCCUCUCUGUUUCUCUCUUCCUUCUCCUUCUUCUCCUCCAAUUUCCAAAGAAGAAGCCAUUUCUCAAGCCAAGAAUUGUCUCUCUUCUUGUCUCAUCAAACCACUUAACAACCCCAAGCUCGCUUCCCCAAAACUCAAGAGGCUCAAACAACCAAGAUUCCGUCUCGAAAUCCCAAUCCUUGACGACGAUUCUCCUUCCUCUCUCUCUCAGCUCGCUUCUUCGAUCUUCAGUGACAUACCCAUCUCGAGAAAAGGCUCCAAUGUCAAGCUUCUCUUCCUCUGGCCAGACCCUUCUUUCAUCGAAGCCGCCGUUAAAGCUUUCCGGUCCGACAAUACCAACCACAUUGCCGUGUCUCCGGUUUCAGAAUCCGUCAAAGGAGCUCUGAGAUCUGCUGACGUGGCGGUUUUCAUGGCGCCGGAGAGAUCGCAACUGGAAGAUGUGAGAAAAGCGACGGAAGGUUUCUCCACCAAGCCUGUGGUGAUGAUGAAUCCGAGAUGGUUGUACGAAGAAGAGAAGAGCUUUGGAGAUGAAUUCAACGGAUUCAUCGGUUCCUUUGAAGUGAUCUACGCGUUUACAGGAUUAGAAGUGAGAGGAGUGCUGAGUAAGAGAAAAGGAGUGAUCUUUAAGUGUGUGAGAGACGGUGUUGUGAGUGGAGAGAGAUGGAACGUUCUCGUUGAAGAAGAAGAAGGCAAUGGCACAUUGAAAGUGGUGUCACAAUUCAAAGCUAGGCCAUCAAUCGAUGAAGUCGAGCUUGUUCUGUAUAACUUGAUGGCUAUGAAUUCGCCUAUCACCAAAUCAGCAAAGUUUCUCAAGGAUUUGGUUUCAAACAUCACUGGGAAGAAGUAGUUGAUUAGUUUCCAAUGUGUAGUAUUUGUUCUUGUUCAGUUUUCACUUUCCCUGGAAAUAAAGAGAGAUCCCCUAUAAAGGGUCGGUGUUUUUGAUAA